AGGUCUCUCUGGUCUGGCUAGGACCAGUUUAGCUGUCCUAAGGACACAUGCCUAGAAACUGCAGCUCACCCCAGUGUUUCAGUUGGAGCUCUGUCAAGCUGGAAACAGUUUCAGCAUUCAUUCAGGCUACGCAGAGAGAAAGGAAACUGAAGAGCAGGUGACUGAGAAAAAGAACAUGCAAGAUGGCGUCGGUGUUCAGGAGCGAAGAGAUGUGCCUGUCGCAGCUUUUUCUACAGGUGGAGUCUGCCUAUUGCUGCGUGGCAGAGCUUGGAGAGCUGGGCCUGGUUCAGUUCAGAGAUUUGAAUGCAAACGUGAACAGCUUCCAGAGAAAAUUUGUGAAUGAAGUCAGAAGGUGCGAAUCCUUGGAAAGGAUCCUUCGCUUUCUGGAGAGUGAGAUGGGGGACGACAUAGUGGUUUUCAAGCCUGAAAAAUACCCAGAGACACCACUACCUCGAGAAAUGAUUGACUUAGAGGGAGUUUUGGAAAAACUGGAGGCUGAGCUGGAGGAGGCUAACAAGAAUCUGCAGGCACUGAGGCAGAACUUUCUGGAACUCACUGAACUGAAACAUCUCCUGAAGAAAACUCAGGACUUCUUUGAGACGGAAACUAAUUUGCCUGAUGAUUUCUUCAAUGAAGACACCUCUGGGCUGUUGGAGUUAAGAAGCACACCUGUAGCCGUUGCUGCAAAACUGGGAUUCAUAGCUGGCGUGAUCAAAAGGGAAAGAAUGGUGCCUUUUGAGCGUCUGCUGUGGAGAGCCUGCCGAGGAAAUAUCUACCUGAAGUUCAGCGAAAUGGACACACCCCUGGAGGAUCCUAUCACUAAAGAAGAGAUGAAAAAGAACGUGUUCAUUAUCUUCUAUCAAGGGGAGCAACUCAGACAGAAAAUCAAGAAGAUUUGUGAAGGGUUCCGUGCCACGGUGUACCCUUGCCCCGAGUCGGCUGGAGAACGCCGGGAGAUGGCUGCUGGUGUGAACACAAGGAUUGAGGAUCUAAACACAGUGAUCACCCAAACCGAGUCCCAUCGGCAGGCGCUGCUGAAGGGGGCGUCAGUGAACCUGUGGAGCUGGGGGAUCAAGGCGAAGAAAAUGAAGGCCAUCUACCACGUCCUGAAUUUGUGCAACAUCGACGUCACCCAGCAGUGCAUCAUUGCUGAGAUCUGGUUCCCCGUGGUGGACACAGGCGGUGUAAAAAGGGCUCUGCAUCAGGGAAUGGAACGUAGCGGCUCUACAGUCAACCCACUCCUGACUGCGAUACAGACCAAGAUGUCUCCUCCUACCUUUAACAGGACCAAUAAGUUCACUUUGGGUUUUCAGACUAUUGUAGAUGCCUAUGGUGUGGGUAAUUACAGGGAACUUAACCCAGCCCCCUACAUUAUAAUCACCUUCCCUUUUCUGUUUGCGGUGAUGUUUGGUGAUUGUGGCCACGGGACUGUCAUGCUGGCCUUUGCCCUCUGGAUGGUCAGCAACGAGAAGGCCCUCUUAGCCCAGAAAAUUGACAGUGAGAUCUGGAACACCUUUUUCAGUGGCCGCUACAUGAUCCUCCUCAUGAGCAUCUUCUCCAUCUACACCGGCUUCAUCUACAACGAUUGCUUCUCCAAGUCAUUCAAUAUAUUUGGGUCUUCCUGGUCUGUCCGCUCCAUGUACAGCAGUGGGAACUGGACGGAAGAAAUGGUCCAUAAGUCAGAGAUGCUCCAGCUGGAUCCGGCAGUGGCAGGAGUUUUCUCUGGAAACCCCUAUCCUUUUGGAAUUGAUCCGAUCUGGAACAUUGCAAGCAACAAGUUGACGUUUUUAAACUCCUACAAAAUGAAGAUGUCUGUUGUCAUGGGUAUCACACACAUGGUCUUUGGGGUAAUACUCAGUCUCUUCAACUACAUUUAUUUCAGGCAAGCCCUCAACAUCAUCCUGCAGUUCAUCCCACAGAUGAUUUUCAUCCUCUGCCUGUUUGGUUACCUGGUUUUCAUGAUUAUUUUCAAGUGGUGCCAAUACGGUGUUGCUGAUGCCCAAGGCGCCCCAAGCAUCCUCAUCCAUUUUAUCAACAUGUUUCUGUUCAGUUACGGCGAUGAGACAAAUGCUCCGCUGUAUGUGCAUCAGCAAGAAGUACAAACCUUCCUGGUAAUUUUUGCCCUGAUUUCUAUUCCUUGGAUGCUUUUGAUUAAACCUUUCAUCCUUCGAGCCAAUCACCAGAGAGCUCAGCGUAUGCUGGCUUCACCUGAGCUGUCGGAGAGCCCCACUGGGGACAUUGAGGUGGAGAUCAUUAAGUCUGACUAUCCUAAGAAGCCAGUCCAAGAAGACCACAGUGAUGGCGGGCAUGAGGACCAUGAGGAAGAGUUCAACUUUGGAGACAUCUUUGUUCACCAGGCUAUUCACACCAUCGAAUAUUGCCUGGGUUGCAUUUCCAACACGGCUUCCUACCUUCGGCUCUGGGCACUGAGCCUGGCUCAUGCACAGCUCUCCGAGGUCCUCUGGGGCCAGGUGCUGAUCAUCUCAUUCCACUCCAGCGGCAACUGGAUAGGACUCAUCGUAAUCUUCGUCCUCUUUGCCGUCUUUGCUGCUCUGACUGUAGCCAUUUUACUGAUCAUGGAGGGCCUCUCAGCCUUCCUGCAUGCCCUGAGACUUCACUGGGUGGAGUUCCAGAACAAAUUCUACUCGGGGGCAGGAUAUGCCUUUGUACCAUUCUCCUUUAAAGCCAUCAUAGAACAAACAGAAGACUGAAGCCCACCUAGAGCAUGGAGAUCUAAAACUUUCAAGAUUGCUUCUCCUCCUCCUAACUCUCAAGAUUAGCUUCCUCCAGC